GAGCGCACGCGGGCCAAGGGCGCGCGACUGGGGAUGCUGGCCCGGGUUCUUUUAAGACGGGUUCUGGCCACAAGCGACGGCAGCUUCCGCGACCCCCAUCAGCCCCGCCUCACUCUGGACGCCGGGCUGCGAGCUCUGGGAAGCGCCCAACUUGGAAAGCGUCUUGCUUGCCCAGCGCGCGCUACUUCUCGGGCGAGCACCCGGCGCCGGGGCACAUGCUGCCCCCGCCCUUGCGCGCCUGCGGCUCCCGGCUCUCCCUCCCCUGCGCCGCGCUCUCGACUCGCUUUCCGCGGGAGCCUUCCAACCGGUCCUCGGCUGGGGAGAAGGACGGGAGCGGUGGGAAGAGCGAGGGUGUAGAGAGGGAAGUUAGGGCUUCCGCUUUCUUCCCCCACUCUAGCGGCGGCGUUCGGUCCUCUGGGUGGAAUGUGCUCGCAGCAGCAGUGACGGCGGCCACAGCACGGGAGGCACCCGAGCCAUACACCCUGCAGCUGGAGAGGAAAGGAUGGCCAAGGUGGGAGAGACUAGAGUGAACCAGCAGGAGGAAGUCCCAGGGCCGCGAAGCUACAACGGAGAUCCGUCCUGGAAAAAGCCUUCUCCACCCUGCACUUUAAGCGGCGGUGGCGGCAAACGGCAGGAGGUUGCAGACCCGACAGCGAGCCUCCCUCAUUCCAGUCUUGCUCUGCCCUCCGGAGAUGACAAGUGAGAAAGAAGUGUCCGGCCGGGCCAUCCCCUUCAGUUACCAGGAAUAACUGUAGAAUGUGCUGGGAAUGCAAUGUCCUGAGAUAAGGAGGAACUGCCUGAAACAGCCUGGACCUUAUUCCUGUACUUCCUAGGGAAUCUAACAUCUCAAGUUAAAGAGGAACUGCCCGGGACAGCCCGGGGACUGUUCCUCUCUCCUGAGAAGGAAGGUUACCUCCAAAGCUCAUCCAUUGAGUCACACUGCCCCUGUGGUGGAGGGCGGGCUGCCUUUCCAGGUUCCUCAGCUGUGGUGCAACUGAAGCAGGCACAAUCAAGACUCCAUCUGCUCAAGGCAGCUUUCUCGAACCUUGGGGAACCUACUCACAAUGGAUCACAGGCUUCUUUUGUUUCUUGCUGCCUAUCUGUAAGUAAUUAACUUGCUUCAUAUAACGUGUUGCAUAUGAGUGUGUUCUGUCUCAUAGACUCAGGGAAUUGGUAACACUGCAGCCGAGGAUGCAGUGGACAGAAGUGUUCUGACUCCUGUUCCUUGUGGUUGACACAGUGAUGACGAUCUCUUCUGUCCUCCAGAGUGGAAGUCCUCUCUUGGGAUUGGUUAUUGGUGAAACCACUUCGCAAUUUAUUAAGAUGGCAAAAGCUUAGGGAGCGGCAGAUUUGAGGGGAAGAUCAGGAUUUUUCUGUCAGUAUUGCAAAUAGUCAAAAAUAUGUGGUCCAAGAAGUGAUCAUUAUCUUUGGCAUUGUGCAAGUCAUUAGUGACCUUCACGUGAACAGUCUCAGUGGAGUGUUGGAGGAAAAAGCCUAACUGAAGAACGUUCAAGAGUGAAUGGAAAAAGAGCAGUAGUACAUGGAGAGUGCAGGCAAGUAUUUCCAGGGGCCUUUCUUUAAAGAGUAGUAGAGAAAGGAACAUCAUUUUUGGAUGGGGGGAGAGUUAAUUAUAGCAUGUUUAUAUGCUAAUGGAAGUGAUCUACUCAUGGGGAAAAUCUUGAUGAUGCAAGAAAGAAAGGGAUUUCUUGGAAUCUUGUCCUAUAACCGGUGAGAGGGGAUGGGUUCUAGAAGAAAAGGCGUGGGUCUUUGUUUGAGGUCAGGCAAUUCAUUUGUAGGAACCAGUAGGAAGAUGGUUAAGUGGGUACCUGUGGUAGUGGAUGUUUGUGAACAUUCUUUUCUUUUCUGUUGUUUCUAUUUUCUCAAUAAAGUGUGAAGCAAAAAUCAGCUGAGUGAAGAUGAGGAAGAAGGUGUUAAAGGUUUGAAGAAAAAAGGAAAAGGAUAUACUAAUCUAAGAGGACGAGUAAGUAGAACAUAGAUAAUGAAAAUGCUGGUCCUUAGGACUGUUGGGCCUAAAUGCUCAUACGAUAUUGGUGGUCACAAAUUUGAACUUCCUCUAGAGCCAAUUUUUGCAUGUGUGUGCAGCCCUGGAGUAGUUGGAGAGUUGGAUUUCAUAGGAUUGAGGGUCAAGCAACUACAACCAGGGAAGAGUGGGACAAGGGAGAUAAAGGAUAUUAGCAGGGGAGCAAUUAUAAACAUGGACCAUGAUCAAAACUGGAUAGGAAGGAAAAUAGGGAUAAGAGGGGUGGAAGGUUAAAAAUAGUGAAAAUGAGAUAGAAUGAAUAGGUUGUAGGUCCCUGUAAAGUUGAAGAAGUAUUAUUAUGCAGUACUCAUUAUUGAAAUGAGGUCACAAUGCUUAAGGCACAGUGAAUCCUAGAAAAUAGUGGUUUUGUUUCUCAUUAGGCAAUACAUUCCUCUUUGCUCCAGAAUGCAACAUACAUGUAUCCUUUUCUGUACUAUUUUUUAAGAAUUCAUACUUAAUUCCACUGACUGCCACUCAAUUUUAAUGUACAGUAGAGAAUUCCUGUACUAUGUAUUAUGAAUCCAUUCCUUUGAAUUUCAUUUAUAAUACUUCAUGACUGACACCUGGCUUUCCACCAAGACUCAAUUUUCAUAGCAAGCCUCAUCAUCAGAAGCCCCCAAAUUAACAGGAUGAGGAGGAAGAAUUGGCAGGCUAAAGAAGAUGAUUAUAUCAAUUAAUGCAGAAAAAGCAUUUGAUAAAAUCCAAUAUUCGUUUGUAAUUAAAAACUCUCAGCAAGUUAGGAAUAGAUAGGAAUUACUUCAACUUAAUGAAGAGUGUGUUUAAAAACCUUGAGUAUUUUCAUUAGUUAUAACAAAUGUACCACUCUGGUGGUGAAUGUUGCUAAGGUGGGAAGCUAUACAUGUGUGGGGAAAGGAGAUAUGUGAGCAAUUUCUGUACCUUCUACUCAAUUUUCUGUGCGCCUAAAAUUGCUGUAAAAAAUAAAGUUCUUUUUUU